AUGGGUGAGAUGAUAGGAGAUCUGGUGAUGCCUGGUGAUAUUAUAAAAAUAACGACAGAAAAACCAAAAGAAAAAAUAGUCCUUGGGCCAGGAUUGAGACGUGAUGGUGACAUUGUUUAUUCAUGUAAAGCUGGAGUUUUAAAAAAACGUACGACUAUUUAUUAUGUAGAUACACGUGGUGAAAACGUGGUAGGAAUAAUAACCCAAAAAGCAGGUGAUAUAUUCAAAGUUGACAUCGGAGCUAGCGAUCAAGCUGCGUUGCCCUAUCUAGCUUUUGAAGGUGCCAGCAAGCGUAAUCGUCCUGAUGUACAGAUUGGAGAUAUUGUGUUCGCUAAAUUGUUGAUUGCGAGCAAGGAUAUGGAACCAGAGUUAGUUUGUGUAGAUUCACUGGGUAAAAAAGGCAAACUGGGUGUCUUGGGACCCGACGGAAUGCUGUUUACAUGUUCGCUGAGUCUUGUCAGGAAGAUACUGAGCCCUAAUAAUCCUUUCUUUGAGGCAUUCGCCAAGGAACAACCGUAUGAAAUUGCUGUGGGCAUGAACGGAAGAAUUUGGAUCAAAGCUAGGUCAGUCAAAGAAACUAUCGCGCUGGCUAAUGCGAUUUUGGCUGCUGAGUAUACAAGUAAUGACCAAAUUCAGAAACUGUGUGAUAAUAUUGCUCAGACUGUAUUCAUUAAUUAUUAA